AUGGCGUCGCCUCCUCAGGGGGGCCCGAUGGCGAUCGCCAUGCGGCUGCGGAACCAGCUCCAGGCCGUCUACAAGAUGGACCCGCUCCGGAACGAGGAGGAGGUGAAAGUGAAGAUGAAGGAGCUGAACGAGCACAUUGUGUGCUGCCUGUGCGCUGGGUACUUCAUCGAUGCCACCACCAUCACUGAGUGCCUGCACACAUUCUGCAAGAGCUGCAUCGUCAAGUACCUGCAGACCAGCAAGUACUGCCCCAUGUGCAACACCAAGAUCCACGAGACACAGCCGCUGCUCAACCUCAAGUUGGACCGAGUCAUGCAGGACAUCGUCUACAAGCUGGUGCCUGGCCUGCAGGAGAGUGAAGAGAAGAGGAUCCGGGAGUUCUACCAAUCUCGCGGCCUCGACCGGGUGACACAGCCCAGCAGUGAGGACACAGUUGGGGGUGACCCCAUGGGGCUCCCCUACAGCACCUUCGACCACUCCCGUGCCCACUAUUUCCGCUACGACGAGCACGUCUCACUCUGCCUGGAAAAGCAGAGCUCCAGCAAGGACAAGAGCAAGGCUGUGCUGCAGCAGAAGUAUGUGAGGUGCUCUGUGCGGGCACAGAUCCGGCACCUGCGGAGGGUCCUGUGCCACCGGCUGGGGCUGCCCCUGCAGCACGUACAGAUCCUGUUCAACAACGAGGCCCUCCCCGAUCACAUGACAAUGAAGCAGCUCUGGCUGUCGCGUUGGUUUGGCAAGCCUGCACCACUCCUGCUGCACUACAGCAUCAAGGACAAGAGGAGGUAGGGGCUGGGGGCGGGUGCUUCCCCUCCCAACCUCUGGAGCACAGCCCUGCUCCCAUGCCACACCUCAUCCGCCUCCCCCUAACUUAAUAUCCCCUACCCUG